AUGACUUUGUGUAAAUUUUUUCAGCAGGGCAACUGCAAAUUUGGCAAUAGUUGCAGAUUCGAACAUGUAAACCCAAACAAUCGAAAUCAACCCUCGAACCGCUUUGGAGCUCUUGGAGGAGGGAGCAAUCAAAACCCUGCUGACAAAUACAACAUUACUAUCGACACCAUCGAAAAGGAUUUGACGAACGAAGUUCCGCAAUGGAUCCUCUCGGCCUAUGCGCCAGGGCGAGAUGCUCCUGGUCAGCUCUUUGGCGGAUAUCCGCGCGAACAGAGCUUUGAAGAGCUGCGGCUACACUUCAUGAUGGGAAAAGCGUCGGGGAACGAACAGCAAGCUCUUAACGAAGCCCAAGAGCUAUAUGCCCAAGCACAGCAACAAAUGCAGACCGCUCUGCGCGACGUUAAAGGAGCAAUUCAGUUUAUCGUAGGCGAAGAAAAUAAUCACCCGAAUCGGCACGAUAUUUGCAAACAGGGAACCCAAGGAGCUCCCUUUGGCGAAUUUCUCGUUGGGAAGCGACCCAAGUCGACAAUCGCCGAUACUGGCGCUCAGCCAACCCCGUUCGGGUCCAACAACACCAAUGCUUCAAGUCCUUUUGGUGGUGGCGCACCGACCGGUGGAAGCGCCUUUGGGCAGCCAUCGACUCUCGGCGCGAAACCAAGCGCGUUUGGUGCACCGUCGUUUGGUCAACCAUCGCAGCCAGCUCAAGGAGGAGGCUCGGUCUUUGGUCAGCCAUCGCAACCUUCAGCGUUCGGACAACCAUCACAGUUGGGUCAAACCGCCUCAGCAUUCGGCAAGCCAGCGCAAGCCUCAACCUUUGGCCAGCCGUCACAGCCAGGCUCUGCUUUUGGCCAACCUUCAGCUUUAGGCGCAAAGCCCAACCCGUUUGGCACACCAGCCUUUGGACAGCCUUCGCAACCAAAUGCCCAAGGCAAUGUCUUCGGCCAACCGUCACAGCCAAAUACACAAGGCAGCGCAUUCGGUCAACCGUCACAGAUAAAUGCGCAGGGCAGUGCCUUUGGCCAAGCCAGCCAACUUGGCCAGAAACCGAGUCCCUUCGGAGCACCAAGUGGAACGAACAACAGCUCUAGCCCAUUCGGUGCCGUCGCAAAUAACAAUAGUGCCCCUGCAGCGAACCCAUUUGGUGCUCCGAGUGGUAGCGCAACAGCCAGUCAGCCUGCCAAUCCUUUCGGAUCCAACAAUAAUAACCAGAACAAUGCCCCGGCGAAUCCGUUUGGACAGCCCUCACAGCCUGCUCAGGGAAGCUCGCCAUUUGGCCAACCUUCCAAUGCUGCAGCACCGGCAACGUCAACACCAUUUGGUGCAUCUAACGCGACCUCAAAUCCACCCACAAACAGUCCAUUUGGCCAACCUUCACGGACUCAGUCGAAUGGUUUUGCAUCGCAGAAUAACCAACCACCAGCGAGCAAUUCAUUUGGUCAACCCUCGCAGCAGAAACCAGCGAAUCCUUUUGGUCAACCCUCCAACGCUGCACCAGCUGCCGCGAACCCGUUUGCUACAACACAGGCUCAAAAACCCCCAGCGGCAGCAGCAGCAGCGACAGCCGCCACUUCGACAGGCCCAUAUCCACCGACCAGCAGUAGACAACAUCCACCAAUCGAGAGCUAUAGCUCAAAAGGCAUGGAUGGUCGGCUAUCAAUGUUCAAGGGCAAAUCAGUUAUUUACAAGGAUGGCAAGCCCGGAAUCCGAGAAUUUGAUGGGACCUGGCGACGGAUUUGGUUCCCAGAUGGUCCUCCGGCAUUCUCAGCGGAUACAGAAUUGCCCCCUGAGAUGUACGACGACAAGUCCAAGGCUCAGUGGAUGGCCUUCGCACAGACUGGGACCUUUGAGGGUGGCCUGAUGCCCGAACUCCCGCCUCCCCGAGAAUGUACACUAUGGGACUUCUAG